AUGGAACCAAUAUUAAUUACAAAUAAGCCAUCAUACAGAAUUAAUUUUACAAAAAUGCAAGGUGCAGGAAAUGAUUUUGUAGUUUUUGAAAAAAAUAAAGUUGAAAGAUUAAAUGGUGAUCAAUCAAUAAUGACCUAUGAAGAAAUUAGUGGAUUUACAAAAAAAUUAUCACAUAGAAAAUUAGGAAUAGGUUGUGAUCAAUUAAUUAUUAUUGAUGAUAAUCCAAAUGAUAAAAAUGCAGCAUAUGGUAUGGGUGUAAUUAAUUGUGAUGGUAAUAUUGAAAAUAUGUGUGGAAAUGGUGUUAGAUGUUUUACAAAAUAUAUAAUUGAUAAUAAAGUUUUAUCAAAAAAUUUAAAAGAACAAUUAAAUUUUGAUGGUGAUGAUAAAAUUGAACAAAUUAUUGAGACUAAAUCAGGUAUUGUCAAAACAUAUCCAUUAUUAAAACAUCAUUUAAAUAAUAAAGAAAAGGAUGUUAUAAUGGUGAAAGUUAAUAUGGGAACAUCUAAAAUAUCAAGAUUAAUUAAUGAAAUUGAUUAUAAUAUUCCAAAAACUUUAAGUAAACAAUCACCACUUGAAAGUUACAUGUACACCAUUGAUAUUGGAUUACCAUACUGUUCAAAAUUAGAAUGUGUUUAUGUAUCAGUUGGUGUUAACCAAUGUGUUGUAUUUAUUGAUAGAAAUAUUGAAUUGGGUUAUUUAGAUUCAUCAUAUGGUGAUUUCUCAAAAUUCUCAAUGAUUAAUAUUCAAGAGAUUUCAGAUAUUAUUCAAAGUAAUGUAAAUGGUUUUGUUGAUAUUGCAAAUGUUGAAUUUGUAAUUCAAUCACCACAAGAUAAACUUGAAAAUAAAGUUAUCUCAAGAGUUGUUGAAAGAGGUAGUGGUGAAACAUUAGCAUGUGGUACUGGUGCAUGUGGUGUAGCUGUAGCUUCAAUUCUCAAAGGUUACUGUAAUGAAAAUACUGAAUCUAUUGUUGAAAUGCCUGGUGGUAAAUUAUUAAUUCAAUGGGAUUCAAAUAACAGUGAAAUUUUUAAAACAGGUCCAGCAACAACUGUCUUUAAAUCUCAAAUUUUAAUUUAA